UGAGGGCAACAAGCCCCCAGGGGCAGUGGGCUUGCCUGUGGUUUGUUUACAGAGCUGAAAUUGACAGGCAGCUCCGUGGUGUCAGGCCUACUACCUGUAGUUAGCCGCACCAGUGACCACUAAAGACGACCGUGUGGAGAAAAAUCUAUGUGCUGGUAAUGCAUUGAGGUGACAAUGGAGACCACAGGCAGUGCUACUGAAGGCGACCCGCUGAGGAGGGCAGAGGAUGGGGCAGAGACAGGAACAGCACCAUUGGCAACAGAGCUGAAGAAAAAGAAGAGUUGUAGGGAAGUCAUUGGUUUUCCCAAACUGACCCAUUGGCGAACCGGAUUCUUCUUCUUCUCCUUGUUCCUCUGCCUCACCGUAGUGUUUGCCUUCUCCUUCAUCAUCCCCUGUCCUGUCAGACCACAGUAUAUCCCUACGUGGAACAGGACUUUCUCUGAAGCAGCAACGUAUGACUUUCUAGCCAUUGAAGAUGCAAGCAAAGACAAGGUGAUGGAUGUCUUGUUUGUCCUCAAAAUCACAGAAGGCAGUCCAAACAAUACGUGUGCUGCUGCAGGUCUGCCCUCGCCAUGUGUGUUUGUGUUAGCAGUGGACGGGACAGAUGGAGCGUCGCUGUGGGAGUGUGCGCUGGCUCCCGAGUUCCACUGGGCCCAGUGUGGCCUGGGCGAUGAAACCGGCAGAACCUGGGACUGUCUGCUGUCCCAUUCUGACCAACUCACAGCCGUUGACAAAUACACUGGCAAGAUCAGGUGGCAGCAGCCUCAGCCUCUUGGUGUGCACAGCACUGUGCCUGUUCUUAGUGUCCCAGAUCUGGAUGAGGACAAGGUCGGCGAUUUGGCUCUGGUGGCGUCUAACAACACUGAGACUCGGCUGGUUUUCCUCUCGGGGAAGACGGGUGUCCAGAUUGGCUCCUCUGUGGUUCUUGUCUCCACAGAGACGGCUAAUCAUCUUCUCCAUCGCACUAAAGAAGGUUCUCACUAUGUCCUGCUAGAAAAAGACACUGGCUUGUAUGGACUGGCACUGUGGAAGAUUGCUGCCAAGGCCAAAGCAGGGAUGGAGAAAAGCCUCAAGAAGGACAAACACUGGGAGAAGAACGCCAUUGCGGCCUCCGGCCUUGUACCCAUCUACGACUGCUAUGUAUCUCCACUCUGUAGAUCUGAUUCAGUGAGACAAGUGCUCAGAGCAGGAGAAACGGGUGAUCCGCCCAACCUGCUGCUUGUGACUGGAAGCGAGUUGGCAUUAGUCGAUGGGAAACAUUUGCAGCUACUGUGGAGAUUCAACACCAGCUCAGUCCUCAGCGAGCCCUCCUUUGGCCACUUUAACAAAGACGAUUUCCUCGAUGUUGUGGUCGAGGAGGACAUUGGCAACUUCACAAAGAGGGUGAUCAUUCUUGAUGGGAAGUCCGGUGGUGUGCUGUGGGAGGUGAACCUUUUGGCCACUCCUAACUCGCCGAGACCCGCCACGAUACACACCUCCAACUACGUCUCUAUCUUUCUGUUUUGGGGCAUGGUGCCCUCAGAGACCAACUCGUCUGAACCUUUCGCAAGCGACCGACACUCUUACUUGCUCCACCCUCUGUACUCUACAGUCCUCCUGCAGUCAACGAGUGUCCUGGACCACAUCAUCAUGUUUAAAGCCACUCUGUUGGAGGGUGGACGCCACGCUGCCUACCUCCUGCUGACCGGUCCUGUGACGGAGGAAGCUGAAGGCACCGUGGUCCUCAGCAAGCGAAAGUUGAAGCAGGACGUCCCCGACAGCAAAGUUCUCCGCAUUGGUACUGCAGGAAGCUCGGAGAGCAAUGAAGCCAUCAAGGAAGCCUUCAAUCGUCUCCGCUUCAGCGAUUGGUAAAAGGACCGUGUUGAAACCAUUUUGGCACAGCUGACUGUGUGGUGGCUUUAAAACCAAAGUGUGUACACUCGCUAUGACUUUCCAACUGCUGACAACCAAACAAAAAUCAUCUGCGUUUAGAGGUUUGGGUUAACGUGAUCUGACGGGGCUCUGCCAUUAAUCUCCAUUGGACAAACUAGGCGUUGUCUGUUUCCAGACUUGACUGCAUAUCAUGAGUUUGAUCUUAGUGUCCAAAGAGCUGCCGACAAUCACACUGCACUUCUGCUCUUCUCCUGCUGAUGAAUCCAUCGAGAGGACCUGCCUUUCGGUACUGCAUCUCGCACUUCAUGCAUCAAUGCGAUGCUCUUUAUUUAAAUGGCAGAGGCUGGAUUGUUGUUUUAAUCUAUGCAACUUUAUUUCAGACUGGGCUUUUAAAAGUAGCAGACGCAGCUCGAGGUGGCGGCUCCUGAGUAUUUCAAAUUAUAAUCAUCAUAAUAUUAGGGUUUUUGCUUUUGGUACCUUUUUUCUAAAACUUGACAUUAAAACUUGAAACCCCAGAAACCUUAAGUCAUACACUAUGUUGUUACAUUUGUUCUGUGUCCUGUUCGCGGAGGUGAUUUGGCUGUUUUGUAGUCCGUGGUACGGUUGUGGAUAAUUGAGAUUAGUUUCUCUUACUUUCUAUAUCCCAGAUGCUGUAACAAGUGAUGCUCUUUUAUGCACAUGGACCUUUUGAGACGCAAUGUUGAGUCUCACAUGUUCUCCAUCAUGUUGAGUUACUGCUGUGGGUUCAUGGCUUCCUGUAAAGCUGUUAUUGUGUGCCUCUCAAUGAUUUAUAUCAGCUAAUUAAGUGAAGAUGAGCUUCCUGUUUUUGCUGUACGAACCUGUGGACCUUUGUCGGAGCUGGCUUUUCUUUCUGACUUGAUAUGUUUAAAUUUGAGCAAUAUUAUUAAAAGGUUUUAAAAUAACA